AGCACAGAGCACCACAUUACGGGGUAGAGGCAGACGGCCCCACCGCGACCAUCCAGUGUCGACAUCCCAUUCAGCGAAGACCAGCGGAAGUAGAGCGAGCUGAUGUUUGCCUGGUGGCGGUGCGGAAGCGUCGUACGGGGAAAGCCAUGUCGUGCGCGAAUCGUCCCUUUAGCUCUGAUCGGCGAGCCCGGAGGCGAGGGAGGUUUUAUUUGCGCAUACAUUCCGGGGUCGACUGCAUACAUAGGGACGUCCGUGUGGGGCUGGAAGAUCCGGAAACGCGCUUGUUUCACCCGUACUUGGGUGCCAGAACCUCUGCGCUUCCUAAAGGCCAGUGUUGUGUGGGUCCACAGGAAGAGCUUGUCGCGCGCAUGACGACCCCCUCAAGGUACUUCCAGGCUUCUAGUAACGCA